AUGUCGCACUCACAUUGCAUUCAUUUUAUUCAGACUUCAGUCCAAUCAGCAACACCGCAAGCCACCCGAAACACUGCAGUAAUCGGAACGACGACGACCUGGAACCGACUGCCCCGAGAAAUUCAGCACUACAUUCUAGGCUUUCUAGCUCAUCAAUAUCGCCGCAAGCAUGUCUAUGCUUCCGUCUGCCAAGAAUGGCGGACAUUCAUGGAAGAGAGAACCUUCCACAACCUCAUGGUCUACCAGCAUGGUCUCACGAGUUUGGCGCAAUUGAGUGCACAGCCACGCGCUGCAAUACACCAUCUUUGGUUCAACAUGGAACUCCAAGGCCCCGUAUGCCAUGAAUGCUUCGCUGCGAACACUCGCCAAAUGCCGACGAUCAACAGCGCAGUAGCCCAACUCAUGAGACUACCAGAGUAUUACCUUUACCAACUCUUCAGCACCAUGAGCUCUUGGGACUGUACCGAGAGAGGUUUGACGUUAGAGUUCAAUGCUUACAGCGUCCGAGAACAGGCUCAUUGGCUCAAGAAUUGGUUUAUCGGCUGUCCUGGAGAAUCGCAAAGGAUACCGGUACUCACCAUUGAUCCAAGCCACGACUGGCGAACGGUUGCAUUGGCUUCUGUUGUGAGUACAAUAGCGACCUGCUUUCGGCCGAUACGUCUUAACAACGACAUGAAACUGCCCCUGGCCGAUGCAGUCACGAAGUUCGUAAUUCGCCGUUACUACCGAAAUCGGUUCCGACCUUCAGACAUUGCGAGAUUGGUCAAGGCUUGUCCCAGACUUGUGCAUCUUCAUCUAGAGACGUGGGCACACAGCGACGCCAAGUUCAUCACGUCCCGGAACUCCAACAUCCGCCAAGAAUAUGACCUGAUCGCGAAUAUACACCCAAGCACACUGCGAACCUUGACGGUAUAUGAAGAUUUCUGCAUAGAACACUUGCUACUCGCUCCGCUAUUUUAUGGCCCCAGGUGUGUUUAUGUCGAGCAAGAGCGUUGGGUGGAUGAAAACAGUAAACAGUUCGCCGCGAAGAGCCUUAACCUCGAGCAUUUGUCGAUUUCGUUCGUCGCCAUAGCCGAAACCUUCUUCUCACAUUGUCAAUCAGAUUGGACGUGGAAAAGUCUUCAAACCGUUAUCCUUACAACCAGGCAGUUCACCAGGGACCUUGCAUCAAAAGCGGUCUCGGUCUUCCUCCAAGACGCUGCACAGGUUGCAUUGCGUAUGCCGCGCCUCGAAAUUAUAGUGCUGUGGAAUGCGAGAAGGAGGCGUCGUGCCAGCUCAUUUACCUACCGCAGAACAAAAAUGGCUGCCACAAUUGCGUGGUGCAGCACCAUGGACGUGGAAUUCGAUCGCUACACCGUACAAGCCUGGGAAGAGGUUGCAAGGAAGCAUGGCCACCCUUAUUUAUGGUUAGAGAAGAGGCGGAUUGAAGGGGAAAUUAUAUCUGAAGGUCACGCGAUUCGACUCUUGGAGUUACCCUCUCUAGUGAUCGACCCAGAGUCCCGACAGCAGAUGGAGCAAGAGUACGAGGUUCCCAAUAUUCCUGGUGUCCACCAGACCCCUGCUGUAUUACCUCGAUUAAACUAG